CUCGAAUGGCCCGGGUCCGCCGCAUCGCGCCACCUCAGUAGUAGUCAUAUGGCUACGCGACGUCCACGGUGGCCGCCGGCUACCGCCGCCGGAUACUAUUACUACGCUGUCCUGCUCGCCGCAGUCGCCCUGACAGCGGCCGCGACGGCCACGCAGCAGCAGCACCACCUGGCCACCACCGCCGGUCAGCCGGCCCAGAAGACCGCGGUCAAAGAUAAGUCGGAACUCCAAAGGGCUAUCGACUGGCUGACUUUGCAGAGGGGUAAAGACUGGGGAUGGGGCAGCGGAACGGAGACGGCCCGAGCGAUCGUCGCGAUGGAGAUGACCAAGACCGGAGGACGUCUGGAAAGAGAACUGAGCGCCAAGCAAUUGGAGAUUGAUCUUUUGGCCAGACUUUGGCAGCACCACGAUCCAGAUUCGGUGACCCUUCAGCAGCAAGACGACGAAGACGAAGCUCUGACUGUAGCCAACAUAGCAACUUACUCGUUGGCGUUGGCCAGUGCCUGUCACGAUCCAAGGCAAUUUCACGGACACGAUUUGAUCGGUUCUUUACUUCAACACGAAACCAUUUCCGAUUUGGACUUCUCGUACAGUUCUUUGGUAGCUUGCGAAUCGGGAACGCACGUCAGGAAGAGGCACAUUAGGAGAUUAAUGGAAAUUGCAAACACAAAGCAUACAGUCGAUUCACUGAGCGUGGCUAUACUGGCACUGCAGUGCGUUGAACACGACCACCGCAACAGGAACGUAAAACCUUUGCUGAAGAAACCGUUGGCCACUCUGAUGGCACUCCAGCAACCGGACGGAGGAUUCGGUAGCCUUCACACUACCGCUUUGGCAAUCCGGGCACUGCAAGAGGGCAAGGCCAUUUGGAACCGGACUAACGCGGUCGACUGGCUGUUGAAUCAUCAGGGACCCGACGGCGCCUUCUUCGACGUGACCACCACGGCCGAAGUGAUAAUCGGGUUGGCUCGCGUGUCCGGCGUUACCGAAGGAAUAGCCGACCAUUGCGACGUGCGACCGGGAGCAGACAAAGACAACGUGGGCACGGCGGUUAUUAUACCGCACCCGACACCGGUGCAGAGCAAAUAUCCGGCGCCCGUCAACUUUAGCCAGGACACCAUCACCGACGAAUACAGGGCGCCGCAAACAACGGAAAACGGUACCAACGUGACGGUCAGCUAUUCGCUGUGGAUCGGCAGCAACAUCACGGAAAAGAGAUCCAUAAACAUUACGGCCAACCACAAUGUAACCUUCUACGAAAUCAUGCAACGAGCGUCCAUUCUGGACAGUGCUUUCACAUUUUCUGCAACGGAAUGGCCCAACGGACAUUAUGUUCACACUCUGUCCGGUCUCAAGGAGGAACCCAUGAGUUAUCACUUCUGGCUGUUGUACAAACUGAAAUCGUGUCCGGACCCACAAAAACCGCCCAGCAAUCAACUGGUGGCACCGACUGGCGUUGACGAUCUGAUCGUGCAGAACGGCGAACAUUACUUAUUUUGGUACAAGAAGCUUUAGACCAAAAAAAAACAGAAGUGCAUUUGGAGAAUUUCUCGAAACGAUUAACGUUUUUACAUUAAGGUCGACAAUAAAAUUAUUAAAGGAUAAACAAUAUUUGAUUUUAAUUUUAAUAAAAAAAAAUGUCUCUUUCCCCCCCCCCCCACUUAGAACCGUGAUUCGUAUUUAGACUUGUCCGAAACUAUGUGUCAAAAGAUAAUUAAUUGUCUCUAAUAAUAUUAUAGCAAUGUACACGCUUAAAAAAAAAAAAAAAAAAACAUUUA